UACAGGGCGUUGGGUUGGCUAUCUUGAGGGGACCUUCAUCAUAAUUAGAUUACCAAAGAGGAUUUAAAACGGUAAUUUUAUAGUUCCUGUUCCAUUUGUGGAGUUACUUGUUUCCCGUUUGAGUUUCUUUCUCGUGCGUCUGCUGACAACAUGACUGACCCUAUCGUUGACCAGAUGACACGACUGAAACUUAAGCUACUAGAGAAGAGGCUUGAGAAUGAGAGAAACAACUAUGAUGAAAGAGGAGAUACAGCUUCAUCAACAAGAAGUUAUGAUGGCCAAGCUGAUGCCUUGCAUAGCGCCCUGAGACGGAAGAGGAGUUUACUACAGAGACUCAGAGAGCAGCACCUAAUGGACGACCUGGGCAGGCCACACACAUGGGGAGGCAGUCACCGGCAGCGGAGACCAGAUUACUUUCCUACAGCACACCCUCCUCCUCCUCCUCCUCCUAUCCACAUCUACCAGCCUCCUCCUCCUCUUCCUCUUCCAGCCCCUGUGCCUCAGCUGCCACCACCUCCACAGCCACCACCACCACCGCGGAUCAUACAGCAAAUGCUUCCUCAGCAGCCGGCCACCAUCAUCCAGCAGUUGCCACAGCAACAGCCUCUCAUCACCCAGAUACCCCCUCCACAGCCAGCGGGCCCGAUCAGAUCAGGAAGCGUCAAGGAGGACAUGGUGGAGCUGAUGCUGAUGCAGAAUGCCCAGAUGCACCAGAUCAUCAUGCACAACAUGAUGCUGAAGGCCAUUCCCCCCAUGGCUCUCUCCCCAGCCUCAGGACAUCCACCUGCAACCCCGCACUCAGCCCCCACGGACGUGUACUCCAGAGCGAGGGGAAGUGCUGUCCACCACCACCACCACUACGGCCCAUCGCUGCGCCAGCUGCCCCCCAUCUCCUACCCCAUGUGGGGCUCCCAGGCUGGGGCGGUCCAGCCCUCCAUACAGCACGUCAUGGGCCCCAUAUCGCUCCCUCCUCUCAGCACGUAA